GGCGGCCCUUGACGGCCGGCGUCGUUCGACAGUCCCCGAAGAAGGAGGAGGAAGAGACAGUGGCGCCUACUGCGGCGGCUGCGACGCGGUCCGUAGUGGGUGCGGCGGUCCCGGUUGGACAGUGAGGCGCGGGCGGCCGGGCCGGUAGGCUGGGCGGCGGGCCCAGCGGCCGCCCCCACGCCGCGCCCGGCGGCCCGAUGUGGCUGCAGCAACGGCUUAAGGGGCUGCCGGGACUGCUGUCGAGCAGCUGGGCCCGCCGCCUUCUCUGCCUGCUUGGCAUCCUGCUGCUGCUUCUGUGGUUCGGGGGCUCCGGGGCGCGGCGAGCGGCGGGUGGCCUGCACCUGCUGUCCUGGGCCCGAGGCGAGGCGGGCGCCGCCGAGCCCUCUGCCUGCCUGGAGGCGGCCACCCGUGCCUGGCGCGGCCUGCGGGAGCGCGGCGAGGCUGUGCCGCUGGGUCCUGGGGUGCCAGCCCUGGUGGCCAACGGCUUCCUGGCCCUGGACGUGACUGCCAACCGGCUGUGGGUGACCCCUGGGGAGCGGGAGCCCGCCGUGGCGCCAGACUUCGUGCCCUUUGUGCAGCUGCGCCCGCUCAACGUGCUUUCUGAGGCUGGCGAGUCAGUGCUCCUGCUGCGUGAAGGGCUGCUGCGCCGGGUGCGCUGCUUGCAGCUCGGGACCCCAGGUUCCGGCGCUGCAGCGGCCGCCCCCGGGCCAGGCUUAGCCUCUGGCCUUGUCACGGGAUCCGGCCGCGACUGUGUGCUGCUGCAGGAGGACUUUCUGGCCCACCGGGGCCGACCCCACGUCUAUCUGCAGCGCAUCCAGCUCAACAACCCCACGGAACGCGUGGCCGCGUUGCAGACUCUGGGACCCACAGCUGCUCCGGUCCCCAAGACCUACACCAGUACCCUGGAGAAAGUUGGAGACCAUCAGUUCCUCCUCUAUUCGGGCCUGUCCCCGCCUUUUCCCACCGGGCUGGUGCACCUGGUGGUGGUGGCCGCCAAGAAACUAGUGGACCGGCUCCAAGUGGCUCCCAAGACGCAGCUGGAUGAGACGAUACUGUGGGUGGUGCAUGUCUCAGGCCCUGUCAACCCCCAGGUGCUCAAAAGCAAAGCAGCCAAGGAGCUCAAGGCGCUCCAGGACAUGGCACGGAAGGAAAUGCUGGAGCUCCUAGAGAUGCCCGCAGCUGAGCUGCUUCAGGGCCACCAGCGCCUCUGGGCCCAGCUCUUCAGCCCAGGUGUGGAAAUGAAGAAGAUCACAGAUGCCCACACUCCGUCUGGCCUGACCGUGAACCUGACCCUGUAUUACAUGAUGUCCUGCUCCCCAGCCCCACUGCUCAGCCCCAACCUGAGCCACCGGGAGCGAGAGCAGAUGGAGUCGACACUCAACUACGAAGAUCACUGCUUCAGCGGCCACGCCACCAUGCACGCCGAGAACCUCUGGCCCGGCCAGCUGUCCUCCGUCCAGCAGAUCCUGCAGCUCUCCGACCUGUGGAGGCUGACCCUGCAGAAGCGCGGCUGCAAGGGGCUGGUGAAGGCGGGCGCCCCAGGCAUCCUGCAGGGCAUGGUGCUCAGCUUCGGGGGGCUGCAGUUCACCGAGAACCACCUGCAGUUCCAGGCCGACCCCGACGUGCUGCACAACAGCUACGCCUUGCACGGCAUCCGCUACAAGAACGACCACAUCAACCUGGCCGUGCUGGCGGACACCGAGGGCAAGCCAUACCUGCACGUGUCCGUGGAGGCCCGCGGCCCGCCGGUCAAGAUCUACGCCUGUGAAGCAGGCUGCCUGGACGAGCCCGUGGAGCUCAGCUCCACGCCCCAGGGCCACACCUUCUCGGUCAUGGUGACGCAGCCCAUCACGCCGCUGCUCUACAUCUCCACCGACCUCACGCACCUGCAGGACCUGCGGCACACGCUGCACCUCAAGGCCAUCCUGGCCCACGACGAGCACAUGGCCCAGCAGGACCCCGGGCUGCCCUUCCUCUUCUGGUUCAGCGUGGCCUCCCUCAUCACCCUCUUCCACCUUUUCCUCUUCAAGCUCAUCUACAACGAGUACUGUGGGCCUGGGGCCAAGCCCCUCUUCAGGAGUAAGGAAGACCCCAGUGUCUGAGUGAGCUGGCAGUCCUGCUUGCAGCCACCGACUGCACAAGACGCCCAACACUGACCGUCCUGCUGCUACGAACAAGGGAUCCUUUGCAAGCACCCACCCUUUCGUGCCUUGUUGGGGACACCAGUGACGCAGAGGCGCGUGUGGAUGUUCAGGAGUUUACAUAGGGGAGGGGAGGGGAAGGGCCAGUAGAUUUUUUGUAAGCUUUCGACUCAAUAAAAUGAACCUAUAUGGAAAAUACUUGAAAUUGAACUCACUCCUUCCAUUUUUCCCCUUUCCUCUGGCCCAGGUACUAGACCUCUUGAAAAGACUCUUGUCUGGGAAAAAUUGUGGGUUUUUUCUCCUAAUUUAAUGUGUUCCUUCUCAACUGAAGUUUUAAUUUAUUGUGGAGAUUUUGCUGGACGGCCUUGGCAUCCACUUCAGACAGUGAAUCUUGGCGGUGAUUUCUGAUCUCGCUGCCCGGGGUAGCGUCUGGGGGCCGUGCUCAUGGCCUGCAUGUAUGGCGUGGGUCUCGGGUCAUCCUCAGGUUUGCACAUUGUCUCUUUCUUAUGAGCCUGUGGAGGUCUGUGAUUUUGUAUUUCUGAGCUUCAGGGGAAGUGUUUUAACUUUCUAGUGAUUGAUGAUUGUUGGGUUUUAAAAUACCAAAGCUUUCUUUUCUGUUUUUAAAUAAAUCUCUUUCAAACUUCA